AUGCGCGGUAGACAUGUUCCAUCUAACAAGACUUCCCAGGAAGAUAAGCAAGUUAUUAUGAAUCAUAUUGAAAGCUUUCCAUUAUCAGAGUCGCACUACUGCAGAAAAUCUUCACAGAGAAAAUACUUGGAUGCUAAGCUUUCUAUCGCAAAAAUGUACUCUUUGUACAAAGAACUAUGUCAAAAAGACAGUCGCAAUCCCAAAAGCAUGACAACAUACAAAAGAAUUUUUUGUCUGGAGGAUAACUACUCAUUUUUCAAGCCACGAAAGGAUCAGUGCGCUGUAUGCAUGAAAUACCAGUCAGCAAAUGCUGAUCAGAAAGCUGCCCUAGAACUAUCCUACAGUGAGCACAGCGUGAGGCUCACGCUAUUAUUUCCAAACAAAAAGAUAAAGACAGAGCAACCAGAGACUCCACAUUUGUUACUGCGACAUUUGAUCUCCAAAGUGUAUUGCAGAUUCCAAGUAGCGAUGUGUCACCAAUGUAUUAUAGUAGAAAACUUUAUGCUUACAAUCUCACUAUUUACGAAGGUGCCCCAUCCAGUAAUGCAUACUGUUAUACCUGGACGGAAGUCAAUGGAGGAAGAGGCAGUAUAG